AUAGUGACCGUAGCCCUGGCGACUGUUCCCUGCCAACGGCAGCGCCGCGCAGCCCCGGCGGCCCGAGGGCGGCGGAGCCCGGCGGGGAGGGCACGAGCCCCUUUAGGCACUGGCAGGCCGCUGUGAGGUCUCCCCGGAGCCUUCUCUCUCCAUCCGUUCCUAGCAGAGCUGCUCCAGCCCCUGAGCAUCCCCAUGGCCUCCUCUGGACCCGCUCCAACAGGUCCAGCUCUUGUGCUUUUUCAGACUGCUGGCCCGCAUGAGGACAAAUGACAGCACGCCGUGAAGAUCAGCACGUCCCUGCCUUCUGCGGCUCAGUGAUGACUUAGCUCAACUUCUUUGGGCUAUCUGCUCGUUACAAAGCCUCCAUUCGUUACACAGAAAAUACUGGAAAACAGCAGUGAGCAUGCAGAGUUCAGAGGGUGGAUCAGACCCAGCAGCUUCCGUGGCGCUUCACGCUUCUGCAUCAGCCCAAGCUCCAGUAGUGCAGCCGGUGCCAGCCUCGCAGCAGAGGGUUUUGGUCCAAGCAGCAGGCUCCGCUCCCAAAGGAGCGCAGAUGCAGCAAAUCUCUGUUCCCAGAGUUCAGCAGGUUCCACAACAGGUGCAAUCUGUGCAGCAUGUAUAUCCAUCCCAGGUCCAGUAUGUGGAAGGAGGAGAAGCUGUCUAUACCAACGGAACCAUACGAGCUGCCUACUCCUACAACACCGAAGCUCAGAUUUACGCCCCCAGCAGUGCAGCUUCCUAUUUCGAACCGCAGGGAGGUGGAGCUCAGGUGACUACAGCGGCAUCCUCUCCUACAGCCAUUCCCUCUCACAACAUGGUGGGCAUCACCAUGGACAUUGGGGGAAGUCCGAUCCUCUCCAGCUCGGGAGCCUAUCUCAUUCAUGGGGGGAUGGAAAACACUAGACAUUCUCUGUCACAUACUUCACGCUCCUCUCCAGCAACGCUUGAAAUGGCGAUUGAAAACCUACAAAAAAAUGAAGGGAUUACAUCACACAAAAGCAGUUUGCUCAACAGCCAUCUCCAGUGGUUGUUGGACAACUAUGAGACGGCGGAAGGCGUUAGCCUUCCCAGGAGCUCUCUGUACAACCACUACCUGCGGCACUGCCAGGAGCACAAACUGGACCCGGUGAACGCCGCUUCCUUCGGAAAACUCAUCCGGUCGGUGUUCAUGGGGCUGAGGACUCGCCGCCUGGGAACCAGGGGAAACUCCAAAUAUCAUUAUUAUGGGAUCCGUCUGAAGCCAGAGUCUCCUCUGAACCGCUUGCAGGAGGACACGCAGUACAUGGCCAUGAGGCAGCAGCCCAUCCACCAGAAGCAGAGGUACAGACCAGCGCAGAAGAUGGAUGGCAUGGCAGAAACUGGGUCCAACAGCAACCUGCACACUACCCCGGAGCAAUCGGUUGCUGCUCAAAGUCAGCAUCAUCAGCAGUUCAUAGAUGUAACCCAUGUCUUUCCUGAGUUCCCAGCCCCUGAUCUAGGCAACAUCCUCUUACAAGAAGGGGUCACCAUGAAUGACGUGAAAACUCUGCAGCUUCUUUACAGGCGCCACUGCGAGGCAACUUUGGAUGUUGUAAUGAACCUUCAGUUUCAUUACAUUGAGAAACUGUGGCAAUCCUUCUGGAGUCCUAAAACACCAUCUAGUGAUGGCUCUACUGCCCUGCCAUCCAGCGAAGAAGAACACGAAGGAACCCUCCCAAAAGAUAAGCUGAUCACUCUGUGUAAAUACGAACCUAUCCUCAAGUGGAUGAGAAGCUGCGAUCACAUCUUGUACCAGGCCCUGGUGGAAAUUCUCAUCCCAGAUGUGCUCCGACCGGUGCCCAGCACACUUACACAGGCGAUCCGUAAUUUUGCCAAGAGUUUGGAAGGGUGGCUGAUGAAUGCAAUGAGCGAAUUCCCCCCCCAGAUUGUCCAGACAAAGGUUGGGGUAGUUAGUGCCUUUGCCCAGACGUUACGGAGAUACACAUCCCUGAACCACCUAGCUCAGGCUGCUCGUGCGGUGCUGCAGAACACUUCCCAGAUAAACCAGAUGCUCAGUGAUCUCAAUCGGGUCGACUUUGCCAAUGUGCAGGAGCAAGCCUCAUGGGUAUGCCAGUGCGAGGAAGGCAUGGUACAGAAGCUGGAGCAGGAUUUCAAGCUCACUCUGCAACAGCAGAGCUCCCUGGACCAGUGGGCUAGUUGGCUGGAUAAUGUCGUUACUCAAGUCCUGAAGCAUCACGAGGGCAGUCCCAGCUUCCCAAAGGCAGCCAGGCAGUUCCUGUUGAAAUGGUCCUUCUAUAGCUCCAUGGUGAUCCGCGACCUCACCUUGCGCAGUGCUGCCAGCUUUGGUUCCUUCCACCUGAUUCGCCUGCUCUAUGAUGAAUACAUGUUUUAUCUGGUAGAGCAUCGUGUUGCCCAGGCAACAGGGGAGACGCCGAUUGCCGUAAUGGGAGAGUUCAGUGACCUUACAUCCAUGUCCCCAACACUGCUGGACAAAGAUGACAUCAGUGAUCUGGGCAGCGAGGUGGACAUGGAUUCCCGGAGUGUGGGGGAGCCACUCGUGAAGCGAGAACGCAGCGAUGCCGGCCACUCGCUGCAGGAGAUCUAACACGGGGACUUGGCUUUUCUCUGGCUGGACGAGGUUUGAUCUGCAAGCCUGAGUCUCCCCGUGUCUGCGCUACUAGUGCCUCUUAGUUUCUCUAUAUGUUUACUGCUGUUUGAGGAAGGGCUGUGAGUGGUGAGCUGGGGUGGGCGGUGGGAGGGGGCUGCGCUUUGUCUGUGUGCGAAGAGCGCGUGGGACGGACGCCUGCCUGCCCCCUGCUCUCUGCCAGCAGCAGCAGUAGCAUGGCUGCUGGGUGGAGGGUGAAGGUCCAAAGUCUGCUAAAGAGAGUGCAAAGCCUCCAUGGUUCAUGACAAAUUGGAUGUGCCUGGUGAGGAGAGGCUGUGCCCAGCCAAACGGGGGGAUGAUGGAGGGGCACAUGAGGCUUUCUCUUUCAGGGAAGGUGGUUUGGGUUCCUUCCCCACUUCUCAGACUUCACUGUGAUACAAACUUGAACCAAUCAGUGCCCAAGAGGAAGGAAAAAUGCCUGACCCUUCUCCUACAGACUUUCAAGACAUACUGUCCUGGCUCUGACUUUGCCAAAUCGUUCGUGCUGGGCACACACGUACUGUGCAUCUCUUGAACCCACCCGGAGGACUCCAGGCUGUGCCGUGACCUGGUCCCUGCCGAGCAGUGCACGACGCGCUCUGGGACUAUGGAAUGAGCGCUCCCUGCUGCACCUGUGUCUUGCCAGCUGUGUGUUCCGUCUGCGAAUGAUCCUGGGACACUGUCAGGCCAACUCAAGAUACCAAAGGACUCUGAGGACGCAGCAGCUGGCCACAAAGCUGGCUCUGAUGCCCAUGACCGUGAGAUGGCGGCAUCCCCAUCCUCACCAGGGUACCCACGCAGAAGGAAUGAUCCCACACCCUGAGCUCCCAGCAGGUUCUGUACAAUUCUUGCUUGAUGUCUUGCUAAAAUACUGACGUGGCCCCGCACGUGGGCCUGUGUCCAGAGCGUGGGCAAGGGGUGUGCGACCGCAGUGCCUUAGGGUGGGCAGUGUGCCUGCUUCCUGCAGUGCUCAGCCCUGGCCCUGCAGCAGCGAGGGGCUCUCCGUGGGCCCUGGCCAGUGCCAUGCUCAGCACCGCAGUGGCGUUUCCCUUGCUGCUUCGCUUCUCCUGCUCCCGCGCUGUUGCUGCACUGGCUCCUGCAGGGCUGAGCCGGGGCUCUGACCCCACAAGGUCCAUGUGGUCACCGACGGCGGGGCUGGUGGGGGGGGCUGUCAUCAAGCCAAACUGCAAAAACAAAGCCCCAGGGCAAACCUGUCUGUGAAUAAAGGCUGUGUCAUAAAUAGCUUUUAUUAUAAUUAUUUCUAAUGAUGUUUUAUACGGUAUUUGAUGUGAGCUUUUCCAGGGGCCUCAUGUACGUUUGCAUAUCAGAGUAUAUUCUAUCCAAAUAUAAUACUUACUCAUUCAAAGUGGUACUAAGGUACUUGUGACACUUUAAGAAAAAUUGCUAAUGGAAAGUAAAAAGAAAGUGUGUACAGUGGCACAUCUUUCCCUCUUACUGUCCUGUGCUGUUGUCUGUCAGGGUGAUGUCUAUCUGUAAAUGUCUCAUAUCAAAGUAGCAGGAGACAAAUGAGAAAGCUGGAUAUAUUUGUAAAUAAUGACAAUGAAUACUCCCUGGGUCAGUGUCUGCACUUCAGAUCCUGCUGAUGAGAUCAAAUGGUCAAAAAAACCACAACUGAGCAACGAAGUCUUAUACUCCCCUGCUCCCACAGAGUGUGAAAACUCCAGCUGGUGCAUUGGCUCUUCUUUGCAGCCCCUACCGACCGAAGCCAGCCACCUCCUGCUCACCACGGACAUGCAAGCAAGGUGCUCUGGAACCGUGCAGCACCAUGCAAGGAGUCUGGAUAACCACCUAAACCCCACAUGCACAAAAUUCCCAGCUAAACCU